AUGUCACACCAUCUCUUUGUGCUGUCCCCGUCCGACACGCCGUUGUACAGCCUCACGCAUCUAUCGUCAAAGCCUGCUGCGUCGGCGCCCGCGCCUCUGUCAGCGAAUCUGCCGUCGUGGUCGACGAGCGCAUUCGCGGGGACGCUGACGGCACUCUCAGGCGCUUCGAGCGUCGCUCAGACGAAUGCUGCUGGCGGCGGCGUGCGCAUGGGAGGAGGGCAGGACCGCCAUGUCAUCCAGAUGAUUGCGAAUGCUAGCCUAGACAUGAUCGAGGACGCUGUGAAGCGGGAGACUGGAAUGUAUCUCAAGGCGGUCGACAAGUUCAACGAGUGGACCGUGUCUGCGUUUGUGACGCCUGGCAACGUGAAGUUCGUGUUGCUACACGAAGGGAAGAACGACGACGGCAUCCGAUUGUUCUUCGUAGAGCUGUGGGAGUUGUACUUGAAGACAAUGCUCAACCCGUUCCACACGGCGAGCACCCAGAUACGGAGCAGCGUGUUCGAUAGCAGGGUCCGGGCGAGCGCGAAGAAAAGUGCCAGCACAAUAACGAGCAAUCCAGCUCCUGAACGUCCGUCUCCCCAACUGUAUUUCGCUCCGCCUUCUCGUCUCGAAUUUUUAUCUUCCGCUCCCCGUAAUCUGUCCGCCUCAGCAUCUAUUAUGGCCGCCACCGCACCGAACCAGCGCGCUUCUCUCCUCUCCGGUCUCCGCACCGGCGGCGUCCGCUCUACUUCAGUCAAUGUGCCACACACGGCCGCCCCUGGCGCAACCUUCAACGUUCCUCGCUUCGCUUCGGCGUCUUACAACAACAACAACAACAUCUACGACGAUGAGGAGGACGAGCUGGCCGAUAUGGUCGCUCAGAAGAUGUACAUGAACAACGGCCCGCCUCGCAUGCAGGCUCCACCCCUGACCGCCGCUGUCGAUGGCUCCCACAACCGGUUCUCCCAGCAGCAGAUGCGCGGCGGGCAAUACGGCGGGAUGAACGCUAUGCAGGCCCAGAUGCAGGCCCAACAGCAGCAACAGCAGGCGCUACAGAUGCAGAUGAUGCAGCUCGAGAUGCUGCGCCUCCAGGCUCUCCAGGCGCAGCAGUACCAGGCCGAGCUCCUCCAGGCCCAAAUUCAGCAGCAGCAGCAGCAGCAGCAGGCUCGUAGCUACAACCCGCCCGCGACUGCUGGCCCCAUUGCCACAUCUUUCGGCUCGUCUCAGCUUCGUCGUCCAAGCCAGGCCGAUAACCUUCGUCACCAGCUUGGCCUCGCCCAUGAGGAGCAGGUACCUCAAACUGCCGCACUCAACGGCAAGUUCGGUGGUCGUCUUCACAUCGACAGCGACUUCCCUGGUUCCCGCAACGGAUACAACCAGCAGGCCUCCACUCCGAUGACCCCGACGUCGUACGCGAGCACCAACGUGAUCUCGGGUGGGACAUCCCUCGGCCACGCAUCAGCCAACAACAACAGCACCAGCACGCCACCUUCCAAGUCAGACAGUGCGACCUCGUGGCGCCGUGCUUCGAACAACCACUCCGUCCUGCGUCGCUCGCCUCCUCCCGCAAUGCCGGACGUCAAAGUCACGCCGCCGCCCAUCGACACAGAUGCGCCGCGUCCGAGCGGUCCGCAGAGUGCCCUAUCGCCCUCUUCGGCCACGCCGACCGCCCGCAGCCGCCCCACGCCGCUGCGCUUCACUCCCGCCGUUCCGCUUGCGGCAACCGUGGCAGUUUCUUCCGACGAGGGUGGCGAUAGCGAGGAUGCUGCUUCCGACGCUUCCUCGAACAAGUCGGGUGGGAGCCCGCUCGACGGUAGCUCGCCGGCGACGCCGCAGUCGACCGGCUCCUUUGCGCCGCCGCUUUCGCCGCGCGAAGCGGCGACACAGAAGCUGUACGAGGGUCUCGGCCUCGGCCGGCCCGAGAAAGUCCCGCAGACGCCUGCUGCUGCCGUACGUGUCGUCUCGAGCGUGCUCGUGCGCCAGCCGCGCGGACCGCCGAGUGGUGCGGACGAGCUCGGUCCUCGCAACUUCGCCCAGCGUAUCCGCAAGAGCGCGAUUGGCGGACUCGGUGCGCUCCUCGAGAGCCGCUCGCGUUCGACGACGCCCACACCCGUUGAGGUGUACUAA